UCAAUGCAAAAUGUGGCACGCGACUUUGGUUACGGAAUAGAAGUAUUACCUCACGUCGAGAGGACUUCCAAGGUAGAACCGGCACGGACAAGUUGUAGGUGGGUGAGGAACGAGUCCACGGAGUCGACCUGGCUAUGCUGUGACGAUGCCACAAGUUGGUACAUGUCACGGUUGGAUUUUGAUAAAUUGAGGGAAUAAAACGAGGAUAUUAUUAGCCUGGGGGGUGUCUGCAUCUCUCUGACUCCGUUGCCGACGUCGUCCCAGGCAGCGUCUUGAUCUUGUGUUGCCUAUUGCCUUGAAUAGUGGAAAUUGCUUCUGCCAGCACGUUCCGGGGUAGCCGUUAUAGAAUGUAGUUGCGACUUGUUUUCGACACCCCUCAGUACCUCUGCGACGGACGGUCUGCAAGGUCUUCUCUCAUCUCCACAGGCUUCACGUGGAGGUCCGAGUCAGGUUACCUUAUCCUGCCCACGGAGAAGUCGGGAAACCAUCAUCGGCUCAUGUACAAGCUCCUGCCAUCUCCUGCUAGAACCUUGAAGUUGUCAGUGGGCUGCAGGUAACCUGUUCGAUUCAGGCGAGUUGGUGCACAAGAAUGGUAGCCAGAUCAUGAGCAGCGAUGGCAAGAUUGAAGCAAACUCCAGCGUGGUAGACCAAAAAAAGCUGAACUAAAUGGGAGGAGUGUGGAUGUUCAAGGAGGGAUUCACACAGCUUGUUGAGAACCCACUAGCGGAGCCACUAGAUGGCAGGAACAUGACAGGGGUGCGACGCAAGGUGCUGGUCCAUGUUGCUACAAACGGAGCCAUUACAAACUACGAUCAGCUGGAAGAGAAGUUGAGAGAGAAGGGGUGGACUCGAUACUAUGCUGGUGACUCCAAUCUGCGGCAGUAUCACAAGAGCGAUUGCACUAAUGAUCUCAUCUCUUUACCCAAAUCCUUCGCUUACAUUAAAACCAUGCACAUGUACGACAUCGUGGUCAAGGUCCCAAAUACCUUCGUUGUUCGAGAUUCCUGACGCAUCUUUAGAUCGUGAGUAAGCGAGAGAUCUAAGUAGCAGCUUUUUUCAUGAAAACUGGCCUCCUUGACACGUUUGAGGUAGUUCAAUAAAAUUGCAUGGAACUCUCAACAUGAUUCAUUAUCAUAUAUUUGGUAGACCAUGCACAACCAUACACAUACCAAUAGAUAGUCUUCUGUGAGUGCAGUAGCAGAUGAUGAUACAUACCCACAAGGUCAUAUCCUUUUCGGUUCAUUCUCCUUAGAGUAGUAGUUAGUCAGAUGAUAUAAUUUAAUGUGAUACUCUGGCAUAAUAUCAAAGUUACGUGAUAUCAAAAUUACAUGAUAUCAAAGAUAAAACCAUGAA